AACACUUUUGUGGGAGACACUUGCGGUUUAACAGGGACAUUUUACAACUUUGCAUUUAAGAGAAAAAACAAGGUGAAUGUUUUCUAUACUUUGACAUGUAUCGAGUAAUUUGUCAGUGGUUAAAAAUCUAUUUUAUGUAGCGACUGUAAGGUAGAAAAUUGAAGUUUGCAGUUCAGUAUGUAUUUUAUUGUUUAUUCUCCCUAAGAAAUUGGACCAUUGUCUAGGAAAGCGCGCGCUAAGUCAACACGAGCCUGCCUGUCAAUCACGUGCGGUGUAUUUCUGGGAGGUGUGUCUUUCACACACUCGCCACUGCUAUAUGUUUAGAGCGUGGGAAUCCCCAGUUAGUUUCAAUCUAAUUCCUGUCUCAGGAAAGAGCCGAGUUUGCAGACGAAGGUUCCUGCUUCCUGGAAAAAUCAGCAGAGAUGACAAACGUCAAAAGAAGCGCCAGCGACAGCGACGGAGACGACGUGUUCGACGAUUCCCUGGAUGUCGGCUCUCCAUCGCAGAGUUGCACCAUGAGCGACAGGAAGAAAAGAAGAGGGAUAAUAGAAAAACGAAGACGGGAUCGAAUCAACAACAGCUUAGCGGAGCUGCGCCGACUGGUGCCAACCGCAUUUGAAAAACAGGGUUCAGCGAAGUUAGAGAAAGCUGAAAUUCUUCAGAUGACGGUGGAUCACUUAAAGGUGCUGCACCAGAAGGGUCUGAACGGCUACAACUACCCGGACCCUCACGCCCUGGCCAUGGACUACAGGAGCCUUGGCUUCCGGGAGUGCGCAGCGGAAGUUGCGCGGUACCUGGUCACGGUUGAGGGGAUGGACAUCCAGGAUCCGCUGCGCCUGCGCCUGAUGAGCCACCUGCAGUGUUUCAGCGCUCAAAGAGAGGCGGCGGCAAAGGCGAGCUAUCAGAACUCGCAGUGGAACAUGACGACCAGCCCUCAUUUUAACAUGAAUAUAAACGUGAACAGUCAGUAUUCAGGAAAUCCCAUGAUUACGUCACAGCAGUCUACGGAUCAACUUAUGACGUCACAUCACACUGCUUUGCCGACGUCAUGCUCAGAGCCAAAAUAUAACCCCCACCAGGAUGCAGUUAACUCCAACAUAGGAAAUCACCAUUUACGUCUUCCAACAACGGCUAGUGCGGCGCCACAGAUGUCAAGCGUUGCCUCAUCUUCGUCUUCCGGUCAUGCGCAGAUGCCUCAGCUCUCUAGUUCCUUGGUUCCUCCGUCUUUACAGCACUCGUCUCAGUUUUCGCUAGGUAUGAACUCUCUUCCCAUGCUUUCACCGACAGGUCCUCACAACUACAACCCGUCUUCCUCCUCACACGCCGUCAAACCUUACAGACCCUGGGGAAGCGAACUCGCUUACUGACCUAAGACACUGGGUCGUCUGUUUAAAGUUGUGACGUCAUAGAUCUUGGAUUCAUGACGUCAAUGAUUUGCCAAAUUACCCACCGGCCAAAAAACUUAUAUCAGUGAAUCUGAGGGAUAAAAAAGCUGUUACUGCCACAGUGUUGAAGGAAUGGAAUGAAGAUUCACUGUAACAGUAUAACAAAAUCCGCAGUGCUAUGGGGUUAAGAACAAUGUGCAAUAUGCAAUGAUUUAAUUAUACACUUUAGAUAGGAGCUCCGUAAAUAUGAUAUAUUUUUGUGGUCAUAAGGUAGUCACUCGAUUCCUGUUAAGAUAUGUCUGUCGGAAAAUCUUAAGGCGACAAGACAUGAUUGAGAAAUUAAAUUUGCACCCAUUUCAGACUACAAGGAAAAGGGGCCGGCAGAUAAAUGAAUUAUAAGUAACAUUUGUACCGAUGUUUCCAUUUCAAAUGCAAUCAAUUCGAAUAAUUGAAAUCAGCACAGAGCAAUUACACCGUACAUCCCUCGCUUUAGAUCAAACCACUCCGCGAGGUCGUGUUACCAUGGUAACUCGACUACCACGGGUGCGCACGCUCCGCAGAGGAAACAGUAAUUAAAAGUUGAUUUAGCUGACCAUAGGCCAGUCUUGUAAAGAUAGCUUCUCCGCGUGGCACGUGCUUGCUUGACGUGUGCACAUAGAGGUAUCACUUCCACGUAGAAGGUGUCUGUGCCGUGUGCUUUUUAGUUCUGUAGUCAAAGACUACUUGUUUUCUCCUAGAGAUGAGGAUGUAUGUCGAAAGCUAUUGGAUGGUACGUAGGGUCCUAUAAUAGUACAUUGGGACAGAAAACGAAGCCGACUGCCAAAGGGCUGAAUGCAAUUUUUACAUUUCAUUUUUAUUUUUAUUUUAUUUUUUAUUUCAUUUUAACUUUCUUAAUGCACCUUUUGAACGACGGGCGCAUCACGCCAAUGCUUUUCACGUUUUAAAAUGACCAUUGCUUUGAAAGCGAUGCAUUUAAAUGUAUAGUGUUCACAAAUAAUUAUUAGCAUUCUCGUCACCAAAUCACUGUUAUUUCAAUCACAUGGACAAUCUAUGCGCUUCCUAUGCUGUAACAGCAGCGCGUUUUACGUAAAUACACGACUUUUGACGAUCAUGCACGAAUUUUGUCAAAGAUAUUUAAGUGUGUGCGGUUGUAAAGUAUAAAUUAUGUAGAUUUGACGUCUUUUGAUGUGUUUAUAUUAGAGGAACCAAUUUUAAAGAGUUCCUAAUUUUCUAUUGGGAGAGAAACGUAUGACGUUUAUUUAUUAUUUUUAAAGAUUUAUUUACAGAUGAUUAUGAUAAUAAUAAACAGUUACGG